UGUGAUAACCCCCUUUCAUUCGGAUUCGGGUCCGAGUUAAUGGGUUUCGGGUUUGGUUUCUUGUAUAUAUUCACACUCGCUUGACCCGCAAGUCAAAUGCUGGUGCUCUUGUCCGAAGCCCCGCAAAAACCCGAGCUUCGAGGUCGAUGAAGUUUAGGGUUUCUCCGCGAUGGCCUGUCCUCCCCUACUACCGCUGCUGCCGGAGCUCCCACCGUCUCCAUCUCCACUCCGCCAUUCUCUCCAGAGGCUCCCACGCUGCCCGCUCCUCCGUUGGCGGUGGCGGUGGCGGUGGCGGCGGCAAGAGUGAAGAGAAUUUUUUGUUGGUUCCUGGAGCAACAAUUGCUACCAUUCUAAUGUUGGGAGCCCUCCAUGCUCGGCGCCUUUAUGAGGACAAGAAAGUUGAGGAGUUGAAGGAGAAAGGGAUUGAAGUUGAAUUCUCACCUGAUAUAAAAGGCAGCAUUUUUUUGAGGUUAUUACCUCUGCGUACAAUGUCACGCUUUUUGGGGGAUUGCUUGAUGAGUUUGGAACUCCCUGUAUAUGUACGUCCUUUCGUAUAUAAAGCAUGGGCACGGGCUUUUCAUUCAAAUUUAGAAGAAGCUGCUCUGCCACUGGAAAAAUAUGCUUCUUUGCAGGAAUUCUUCGUUCGAGCACUUAAAGAAGGUGCAAGGCCUAUUGAUGAGGAUCCAAAUUGUCUGGUUAGCCCUGUUGAUGGCAUGGUUUUGCGAAUAGGGGAGCUGGGAGGUCCAGGGGCAAUGAUUGAGCAAGUGAAAGGUUUUUCAUAUUCGCCAUUUUCUCUUCUUGGUCCACGGACUUCUCUCCAUAAAGUGGUUGAUGGGAAUGCAUGCAACGAACCUUCUGAGCUGAGUACUGCUCAAGGGACAACUAAGAAAUCAUGGUGGCGUCUAUCAUUUGCUUCACCUAAAGUUCGAAAUUCUGUUCCAUCAUGCCAAAUGGAAGGUGUAUUUUACUGUGUUCUAUACUUGCAUCCUGGUAGUUACCAUCGAGUGCACUCCCCUGUAGAUUGGAAUGUGUUUGUUCGCAGGCAUUUCUCUGGCAAUCUAUUUCCCGUGAAUGAGCGAGCCACAAGGACAAUUAAAAAUUUGCACAUUGAAAAUGAACGGGUUGUCCUUGAAGGUCAGUGGAGAGAAGGCUUUAUGGCACUUGCAGCAAUUGGUGCUACCAAUAUUGGUUCCAUUCAACUGUAUAUUGAACCAGAGUUCAGGACAAACAGGCCAAAGCUGAAACUGCUAUCCUCGGAGCCCCCGGAGGAGCGAGUAUAUGAUGCUGAGGGCACCGGACUGAUGCUCAAGAAGGGCGAAGAGGUAGCAGCAUUCAACAUGGGUUCUACUGUAGUUCUCAUUUUCCAAGCUCCCAUCUCAGGUUUGGCUGGAGGCAUCAGUUCAUCUCCAGAAUUCAAGUUUUGUGUGAAAAAAGGCGAUGAAAUCAGGGUUGGAGAAGCCAUUGGUAGAUGGGGAAGUCAAUAGGUGGAUGAUUUCCAGUACAUUUCUCGAAGAACAUUUAUAUUUUUUCUUUACUUUGCUAGCGGUUUAAUCAGUCAUAUUUGGUAAUGGGAAUCAAUGGUUGUUUUUAGUUAUGAGGAUGUAAAUUUCAAAGUUUAGUUGUCUCUGAUUUUUAGGUUCUCUAUUUUUUCAUCUGAUUGCAUGCUAAUUUCAAUUUCUUUA